GACGCGUUUUUCAGUGCUGAUUCACCGGCACAAGUUUCAAUCCACUAGCUAGACGCUGCAUUGUAUAGAAAUGCCAUCGUCGAUUUUCUAUGCAACGGUUCUUCUCUUCUACCUGUGCGAUGCCCGUCCUCCACCGCAAAUGGGACCGGCAGUAACAGGCUGCCUGACUCAAGUUCAAGCAAGUCCGACGUCGAGAAUACCCUCGGAGACAAUCUCGUAUCUGGCUAGAAAGGCUGACAUCGUGGCUAAAGUCAAAGUAAUCUACUUUUUGGAUAAAUUCAGGUAUCAGGCAAUGGUGCAGAUACUCGCUGUCUACAAAGCGACGGUUGGUCUGAGACUGGAUGUUGAAGACCGCAUACAUCUCUACGGUAUCAACAGUCCUCUUACGUGCACAAGAAAUCAGAUACUAUAUAAAAGAGGCAAGAAAGGAUUCGUGUUUGUCAAGAGAAGUAAAAAGACUGACGAAUUGAACGUAUUGAAUUUUGGAGUUCAAAAGAGCUCAAACCGAAAUCUGAAGAAAAUUCUGAAACAAGUAAAGAUUCCUUACUACUGAGUGACUUGUUAUGAUACGUUGGUGGUGCAAUAGUACUGUUCUGUGCACUAGCUAAAGUACUAAAUGUUGGCGUACGUGGUACAUUGCAAAAUUCUCAAUGGCAGAGUUGGCACCUCGUUUAUGUACACUAAAUAUAUAAUAUUACCUAAAACUAA